CGCUACCGGCCCCAGCCAGCCCGGUACGGGCGCCCCGCUCCCGSYCCCGCUCCCGCUCCCGCUCCCGGCCCGGCUCCCGCUAGCGCCAUGGACACAUAGCCGCGGCGCCACGCAGGAAGAUGCACAGUUCCAUCCCAGGCCUGGGCAGGGUGAUGGUGUUCCUUGCAGCAGCCCUGGCGUCAGCCUCGCUUGCCAUCCCUGAAGACUGGGGAGAGGAAGGUGUGCAGUAUGGACAGCUGGGGACAGACGUGACCCUCUCCUGCCCUGGUGCYCCUGCUGGCUCGCCGGUGCAGUGGAGCCGAGCAGGAGCCGCGGCACUGCCGGAGGGCUCGGCCAUCCAGCAGGGAGCCCUGGUGCUGCCAAGGGCCAGCCUGGCCUCCGUGGGCACMUACAGCUGCCAUGGCGAGGACGGUGGCCUCCUGCACACUGUGUCCCUGCGUCUGGGGCACCUGCCUGGAGUCCCCUUUGUGUCCUGCAGAGCAUCUGACUACGAGAAUUUCUCUUGCUCCUGGACCUCCACUGUGGAGACCUUCCUCCCCACCAGAUACAUCACCACAUACAGGAAGAAAUCUCUGACAGGCGAAGAAAAGCGGAGGAACAAGAACGGGCACGUGGGGCUGUGCCUGCAGGAUCUGUCCCGCCCCGGCACCUGCACCGUCCACARGUCAGAGUUCUGGAGCUCCUACCGCCUCAACAUCACCGAGGUGAACCCUCUGGGCUUCAACUACCGCCUCCUUGAUGUCACCAUGCAGGCCAUCAUUAAGCCGGACCCUCCCGAGGGCUUGGUGGUAGAGCCCAUCCCCCUGGCCCCACGCCGGCUCCAUGUSAGCUGGCAGUACCCUUCCUCCUGGCCCAAGGAGCCCCACUUCCAGCUGAGGUUUCGGCUCCAGUACCGACCCRUCAUCCACCGCUCCUGGUCUGUGGUGGAGACGGUGAAUCUGUCUGAGGUUAUCACGGACGCCUUCGCCGGGCUGGAGCACGUGGUCCAAGUCAGCGCYAAGGAUUUCCUGGAUGCGGGGAAUUGGAGCGAGUGGAGUGCCGAGGCACGGGCAACACCAGUGAGAGACCUGGCCUCCACAGCAAGUGAAGAAACCACUACAGAUGCCAGACUGGACAGCCUGGCUGAGGAGCCCUCCCAGGCUCCCAACCCUGAGCCCAUCAAUCGCAGCGACCCCUUGGAGAAGGUGGCCGUCCUGGUGUCCCUCGGGAUCUUUGCCUUCUUCGUCCUGGCUGCUGUUCUCGUCAUCACCAUCCUCAUCUGGCUCCGGGUGAGGAAACAUGGCAAGGACAAGACCAAACCCAACUUUCUGGUUGCUGCGACCCACUUGAAGGCACUACCAAAAGCUCAGAUCCYGUAGUGAGCCCUGGCCGAUCCCUGCUCCCUGCGCCCGCUUGCCCACGCGUGGGACUUGAUGCCUCUGCUGGCUCCCAAGGACCCCACGCCUCCUGGGUCACCCCACAGCUGUGGACAUUGCCGGAGCCCCCAACACCCUGGGGUUGCAGGAUGGAUCCUAAGGAGAGUGGCUCUGCUCCCAGGAGCGUUGGACUGCCUGAGCCCAGCAGGAGCCAGCUGGAGUCACUUCAGGCUCAGGGUGACAGUCCAGCUCCACCUCCAAGCGCUGCUAAACAAAUGGGGAUAAGACAUUGAGCCAGCCCCACUUCACUGCCCAGUGUUGAGGGGACCGUGGGUGUAGGCUCCCGGGGGUGCUGGGCAGCAGUGCCAGACCAAGGGGCRCUGAUCCCUGCCUGUCACCCCCCACCAGCCGCCAGCAGGCACAAGAGAAUGUCCCCUGCCCCUUCCCUCUGCCCCAAUGCCCCGUGCUGUGGCUGGACGGAGCAGCAAUGCCAAUAAAGGGGAUAUGCCAAUGCUGUCAUUGGCACUGUCCAGGCAAAACCCCUGUGCAGAUGGUGCUGAGCCGAGGGAGGGGGCAGAGCCAGCUCAGGAAUGAGCCUUGCAGGAGGGGCACAGGCAGCAGGGCUGCUCCCCAAACGGAUCAGCCCUCUCCCAGGUGCCUGGAGGGGCUGAGAGAGACCCAUGCUGAGGCUGAGUGCCAGAAGAGGAUCCAGACAGCUGCGUGGGACAUGGGCAGCAGGGACAGGACCCUGUGCACAGCCCCCUUCACUCUGCACGUGGCCCCCUUGCUGCACCUCGAUCCAGCCCCUCUAAUGGCUUCCAUGUGUUGGCACCUCCCGACCCCGGAGCUCAGUGCCAGCAGCCCAACGAGAUCCAGAUGGGGCUGGGUGGAAAUUCAGACAGCAGCGACGCGUGGAGCACGGGGAGCAGAGCCAGUGCAGGGUGGGGAYGCUCCCGGGCCUGGGGAUGCCCAUGAUCCACAAUGCAGAGGGAGCCCGGACUGGGGCACCCAGUGUCCUUGUGGGGCACCCACAGUGUCCUUGUGGGGACCGGGGCACCCUCAGUGUCCUUGUGGGGACCGGGGCACCCUCAGUGUCCUUGUGGGGACUGGGGCACCCGCAGUGUCCUUGUGGGGACUGGGGCACCCUCAGUGUCCUUGUGGGGACUGGGUUGGAGGGGACCGAGGCAAGCUGCACCUUUUGCAAUGUGCUAUGUACCCACAGGCUCCUUGCUGCCCACACUGGUUGUGGGGUCAUGAGGGCUGUCCAUGAUUGGCUUUGUGGGGUUCCAGCCCCUCACUGUCCCUCAYGAGGGUCAUCCUGAAUGAGGGAAGGGUCAGCCCUCUAUCUGCAGUGUGCUGCUGGCGUGGCACUGUCCUUGGACCACAGCAGGGCUGUCCACGGGGCAGGUAAGGCAGGUCACCAAGCUGGGGAGGUGUAAGGAGUCAGAUCCUGCCUGGACCUCCAGGUUGGGCAGGCACAUCCCCUCUUCCUGGUGCAUCCCAGAGCUUGACACCUCCAGCUGUUUGACACUGCCAUCACCURCUUGGUCCCCAGCAGAGAGCCCAGCCACAUUCUGAUGUGUCACACAGUUAUCUUUGUCUUGUCAUGGUCACCCUUGUCUCUUCCURGUCCCCAGACUGGCAUGGGCAGCCUUUACUGCUUGGAAACCUCCUCUUAUCACCACCAGGUCCCCCUCCUCUGCCCUUUUGWAGGUGAUUGAGGCAGUGGUUGUCCAGAGAUGGUGUGGAGCACAGGUGAUGUACAUUCCAUGGCUGUGGCUGCAGUGUUUGCCAACAGCUCCAUCCUGGUGCUGGUUUAGAGGCUGUGCCUGACCCAGAUSUGGCAGCACARCAGCCAGAAAAUGGGAGAGCGUGUGAGACAACAGCUCUGAMCCGUGUUCUGCCUGCUUACAAACUCCAGACAGUCCAGGCAUGCUCCAAACAAGUUUUGGUGAGGGGACCCAUAGAUCUGCUGUCUCCAUGUGCMAAGCCCCACGUCCCCUUUUCUCUCUGAUGUAAGGAGUCAGGACCUGCCAUCCAAGUGGCAGCUGGUGAUACCCAGAGCAGGCAAGUGGUCUGCAUGCCACCACAAAGUCCUGCUGCCUGUGCUGUGACUGCCUGCUGGGAUGCCCCAUGGCUCAGCYCCCUGCCCCUGCAGCCUGUAAAUGUGACACACGGGCCUUGGGGACCCAAAGGAAGCAGCAAAUUCCGUACUUUAAGGAAUAAAGAUGGCUGGUGCUGGGUGCUGCACUCCCAGUUGCCCCAGGGGAGGAUGYACUGGUGCUGGAUGUGGGCAAACAGGGCCAGGGAAGAUGCAAGGGGAGGGCUGGGGUGAGCAGCAAUCUGGAAUAAAGGAGAGGGAUCCAGAUGCCAAAAUCAACUUUGCCUUCAAACUGAGGAGAAGAAAAACAGGAAGGGACCAUGAGAGCAGUCCCAGUGCCGGCACCUCCCUGUCCCUCUGUGGGGCCAGGGCACUUCCUCCACGGCUUGGGCUCUCUGGUGGCUCACGCAGGAGGCUUCCUGCUGCAGGCUGGAGCCCUGCCUGGAYGCACCCUGCCCCAAGUAGGCAGAGACACAUCCUAAUUUGCUUUUGCUGCCAUAUCCCACCCUCCCCAGGGUGGAUUCUAUGCCAAGAUCGCCAGGGRAGCUGGUACAAGCCAGGCCUGGAGAUGCUGAGGAUGUGCCAAGUCAAAGCAGUCCAUGGAGUGCGUCCACAAGGAGCAGGGAUGGGUCCAGCUGCCUGGCAUGGAACAGGGACCAGCCCAAGCCCAGCAGGAAAAAAGCGCAGGACAGCAUGGCCUGGGGCCUAAAAAAUUUCCAUCAGGCAGUGGUACACACCAGGGAAGGUCCCCAGCACCGAGAUGAGGAGAGGUCCAUGUCCAUUGUCUCCAUCCAGAUCAUGUCUCAGGCAGGGGCUUGCUUGGGAAAAUCUGCAGCCUUGGCAAAAGCCUUUGCAGCAGGGCACUGGUUGUGGGCGGUUGUGCAGCGCUGCCUGGGCUGUUUGACUGCCACCAGCCCUGCCAAAUUUCUGAGCUAGCCCUCAGGACUAGCCUCCUCCUCUCCCUGCCUUGCUGCCAGGAUCAGCCCGCAUUUUGCAGGGGAGRAGGCGAGUUGCACAGGACUGGGAAGGAAAACAGUCUCAAUUUACCUCUCAUGGCUGCUUCUGCUUCCUUCUCCGCCAAAUCCCGAGCCAAGGAAAGAAGUAAAAGCAGCUUCAGCAGAAUGUGGGAAACACAGGCCAUGAAAUGCACAUCUGUACGUGUCAUGAGGUGAUGUAGAGAGCAAAGGGUGCAUACACAGAGGUUCAG